GCUGUUCCAAUCGUCAAACCCGGUUCAGACGUAUUGAUGUAUAUGAUCUUCGCCAUGGGUGCUUUAGAUCUAGCUCAAUCCGAAGAAGAUGAUGAUGGACAUGAGUACUAUGAGACAGCCCGGCAAUCUAUGGAUAGAGAAAUUCUGGAAGGUGGAACUUUACCUCUUGUUCAGGGUCUAGCGAUCAUGGCGAAUUAUUUGCAACGUAAUAACCGUCCUAACGCUGGGUAUUUGUGUUUGGGUAUGGCGAUACGUAUGGCUACUGCCUUAGGACUGCAUACGCCCGCAGCAGGGAAGAAAUGCUCUGCCCUGGAGAAAGAGAUGAGAAUCAGGGUGUGGUGGUCUCUGGUAGCUUUGGAAGCUGGUUGUGCGGUGACUUUCGGUAGACCACAUUCAGUUGGACCGUUUCAACUGGCAGCGAUACCAUUACCUCUUAAUGUGGAUGACGAGUAUUUGACCGUAUCGACCACUGUACAACCGAAAUCUUGUGACAGUCCAACGCUUUAUACAGCUUUGAUCGUCCAAGCGAAACUUGCGAAAGUCACUUGUGGUAUUCAUGAUAGGAUCUUACAGUCUCACCCUGCCCCGACUGUUGAACAAGUCAAAAGGUACGAUGAGAGAGUGGUUUCAGUUCUGCAGGCCCGGUCGAAUAUCUUACAGGUCGAACAGAAUGGUCCUUAUGGUCCUUACCACCUGGCUAGGAGGAUUCAGAUAUGGCGCACAAAGGAUUUCAGAGCGGUUCUUCAUAGACCAAUCUUGUUGGCCGCUGCUUGGGAUACCAGUCAUAGGAAGAUACUGCUGCCUGGUGUGAGGGAAGCUAUCGAAGCAUGUCGAAUGCUGGCUCUGGAAAACCUCGAAGAUAUCGGCAAUUUCGUUUCUACCCAGCCAAAUCAUCAAAGAGGAACUGAAUGGUACACUCUGUACUUUGCUUUUCAAGCUUCCUUGACGCUAUUACUAUCAAUUGUGUGGGAGCCGCAUCAUACCAAUGCCACACAGUGGAGAUCCGUACUUACCUCUACAGCGCUUUGGUUUAGGCAGAUACAAUCAAUGAAGAGGCUUGCUUUGGCCUAUGCGUCAGUGCUCGAGAGUGUUGUCGGGAAACUUCCUCCACUGGAAGUGAUUGAUGCACUGAUCCGUGCAGUGGGAGAUACCUCAUCAAGCUCUCAAUCGAACUUAGGGAUCAUGCCAAAUCCUGUUACGGAUCAAGGGAGUGCAGAUAUCCUGGAUUUUGAACGAUAUUGGAUGGAGCUUUGGGAUAACGAUACUAGUACAUCUAACUUGGGAUGGUCCGUUGAUGAUAACACGCAGAAUGGUUGGCAGUUUUGA